GGCGUCAGACCUGAGUUCCCAGCGCUGUAAGCUGUAGGUAGCGUGGAUCUCUGCCGAAGCAGCAACUAUGGGGAUCUUGGAGAAAAUCUCAGAGAUCGAGAAGGAGAUCGCUCGGACGCAGAAGAACAAGGCCACCGAGUACCACCUGGGCCUGCUGAAAGCAAAACUGGCCAAGUAUCAGGCCCAGCUCCUGGAACCAUCCAAAUCAGCCUCAUCUAAAGGAGAGGGCUUUGAUGUCAUGAAGUCAGGUGAUGCCCGCGUGGCACUGAUUGGCUUUCCCUCUGUGGGUAAGUCCACCUUCUUGAGUCUGAUGACCUCUACAGCCAGCGAAGCUGCAUCUUACGAGUUCACCACCCUGACAUGCAUCCCUGGAGUCAUCGAAUACAAAGGCGCCAACAUCCAGCUCUUGGACCUUCCUGGAAUCAUUGAAGGAGCAGCACAAGGGCGAGGCCGUGGCCGGCAGGUGAUUGCUGUAGCACGCACAGCCGAUGUUGUCGUCAUGAUGCUGGAUGCCACCAAGGGAGAUGUGCAAAGGUCCCUGCUGGAGAAGGAGCUGGAGGCUGUGGGUAUUCGCCUGAACAAGCACAAGCCCAACAUCUACUUCAAGCCCAAGAAAGGUGGCGGCAUCUCCUUUAACUCCACGGUCACACUGACACAGUGCUCGGAGAAGCUGGUGCAGCUCAUCCUGCAUGAGUACAAGAUCUUCAACGCUGAAGUACUCUUCCGAGAAGACUGCUCUCCGGAUGAAUUCAUUGAUGUGAUCGUGGGCAACCGGGUGUAUAUGCCCUGCCUAUAUGUGUACAACAAAAUCGACCAGAUCUCCAUGGAAGAAGUAGAUCGUCUAGCCCGAAAGCCCAACAGUGUAGUUAUCAGCUGUGGCAUGAAGCUGAACCUGGACUACCUGCUGGAAAUGCUUUGGGAGUACCUGGCUCUCACCUGCAUUUACACCAAGAAGAGAGGGCAGAGACCAGACUUCACAGAUGCCAUCAUUCUCCAGAAAGGGUCCUCUGUUGAACACAUGUGCCACCGCAUCCAUCGGUCAUUGGCCAGCCAGUUCAAGUAUGCCUUGGUGUGGGGUACCAGCACCAAGUACAGCCCGCAGCGGGUAGGCCUGACUCACACCAUGGAGCAUGAGGACGUCAUCCAGAUUGUGAAGAAGUAGUCACCCCACCAGCCUGCCGGCGUGGCUCCUGGGGACUCAGAGCCCCUGGGACUCCCCAGGAUGGGACUCUUGAGUCAGCUGUUUCAUAAGCUUCUUCAGUAAGCAAUAUUGGACAGGCGAGGCUGGGGACCAGGGCUUUGCUGAGGACAUUUUCUAUAAGCCUGU